CGAAUGGAUGAAGAAGCACUUGUAGGCUACCUCGUUCACUUAGGCCUACGUCAUUAAAUUAAAUGAGCGGAAUAUGAACAUGAACAUCAACCUGGAGCUGCUGCCUUUCACAUUUCCCAACGCCCACUUGCAACACUGUAUGGUAUCUCUUUAACCACUCCGCUCUGACUCGAGGAGAGAGAGAAAAAAUAUCCCCCCCCUUUUCUGGCAACCCUUCCUGGUGAGCAUUGCAUGCUUGUGCGACUGAGUAGUCUACCCGAGAACAGAGCGCCGCGCAAUAACAAACCCAGUCCUCCGCUCCGACUGCCAGGCGUAAAGAGGCAUUUAUCUCCUGGAAGCACCGCAAACGAGCAGAGAGAGCCCAGAUACCCCGCACUCGGUUCGGACAUGAGCCCGGGGAUCCGGAGAUGAGGCUCCGAAAUGGCACCUUCCUAACGGUCGUAUUGUUUGGUCUAUGCGGACUCAUUUCGCUCUCCUGGUACACGGCAUUCAGCAAUUCCAAAGGUGAUGUGGUGGACAUUUACCAGCGGGAGUUUUUGGCCCUGAGAGAGCGUCUGCACUCUGCCGAGCAGGAGAACCUGAAGCGAUCCAAGGAGCUCAACCUGGUGCUGGACGAGAUCAAGAGGGCCAUCGCUGAAAAGCAGGCCCUUAGGGACAUCAAUCGCACCUGGGCCAGCCUAUCUGAUGAGACCAAGCUGAAGCUGUGGAACGUGACGACCAGUAAGAAUGUGCUCCAGCUGCCCAGUAUCUUCCAUCACCUGCCCCAUCUCCUUGCGAAGGAGAGCAGCCUGCAGCCUGCUGUGCACGUGGGCCAGGGACGCACCGGGGUGUCGAUCGUGAUGGGCGUGCCCAGUGUGAAGAGGGAGGUCCACUCGUACCUGACGGACACCCUCAGCUCUCUGAUGACAGAGCUCAGUGCGGCAGAGAAGGAGGACUGUGUCAUUGUGGUCUUCAUAGCUGAGACGGACCAACAGUACGCCAACAGCGUGGCUGACAACCUCAAGCGCCUGUUUCCAGUGGAGAUCCAGUCAGGUCUUCUGGAAGUCAUAUCUCCGUCUGUCCACUUCUACCCCGACUUCUCCCGCCUCAAAGAGUCCUUCGGAGACCCCAAGGAGAGGGUCAGAUGGCGGACGAAGCAGAAUUUGGAUUACUGCUUUCUCAUGAUGUACGCCCAGUCUAAAGGGACCUACUAUGUGCAGCUGGAGGAUGACAUUGUUGCGCGUCCAAAUUACUUCACCACGAUGAAGAACUUUGCCCUGCAGCAGCCUUCUGAGGAGUGGAUGAUCUUGGAGUUCUCCCAGCUGGGCUUCAUCGGUAAGAUGUUCAAGUCCGUGGACCUGUCGCUGAUCGUUGAGUUUAUGCUAAUGUUCUACAAGGACAAGCCAAUUGAUUGGUUGCUGGAUCACAUCAUGUGGGUUAAGGUGUGCAACCCAGAGAAGGACGCGAAACACUGCGACAGGCAGAAGGCCAACCUGAGAAUUCGCUUCAAGCCCUCUCUCUUCCAGCAUGUGGGCACCCACUCUUCCCUGGCCGGAAAGAUCCAGAAACUCAAGGACAAGGACUUUGGCAAGCAGACCCUGCACAAGGGCCACGCCAACCCGCUGGCAGAGGUGACCACCAGCCUGAAGACGUACCAGCACUUCACCCUGGAGAAGGCCUACCUGGGAGAGGACUUCUUCUGGGCCUUCACCCCUGUGGCUGGGGACUUCAUCCGCAUCCGCUUCUUCACGCCCGUCCGCAUCGAAAGGUAUUUCUUCCGUAGCGGGAACAUUGAGCACCCAGGGGACAAGCUGUUCAACACCACUGUGGAGGUGCUGCCUUUUGACAAUAUCCAAUCAGAAAAAGAGGCCUUGAAAGAGGGGAGAGAGAAAACACCAAAGUACCACAGAACAGAGGACGGCUUUAUCAGAAUAGGAGUGUUCCAUAAUGGGAUCGCCGAGGGAGAGGUGGAUCCCACAUUCGGGCCCCUGGAAGCCCUUCGUCUCUCUGUGAUCACAGACUGCCCCGUCUGGGUCAUCCUGAGCGAGAUAUUCAUCAAGAAAGCAGAGUGAAUGUCAACACCCCGCAGCAAUACCUCAGUCAUCCGUUCGACCGUUCGACAGAGGAACGGAGCCUUUGAAAGCUAUACUCAUUCCCUGGCUUUUGGCAAUUAGUUUCUCGAGCGUAGUCGGAGUGCGCCAUCUGUUGGCGAGAUCUUGCCAUCGCAGGGUCCUUCUGAGACUGUCAACUCAAUCCACGGUUGACAGACCGUGUGGGAAGAUCUUCCCAGACACGUGUAAUCGGAGAACGGGCCCUGCGUGAACGACACAAAGACGACGCUGUAUUUAGGAAACUGUAUUUAUGUGUACAUAAAGGUUUAUGUUUUAAAUAAUUGUAAUUACACUGGUAAUUGUCAAAUAGCUCGCAAGAUUGUUUAGCUCCUUUUGAUGACAUUAUGACAAUGAAAUGUUGCUGCUUCGGAAUCAAAGACUUGGCCUACAACGUUACCAAGAUACAGGUAUGUCUGAAUUGUGCAACUUCAAUAACUGAUAAUCAUGUUUGACAAAUGUUACUGGUUUUACCCAAAUGUAUUCCCAGUAGGCAGAAUCUACCGCACACUCAUAGCUGAUUUGUGAAGGUACUGGAGGCAAAAGGCAAAACUGGAGAAGCAGGAAAUAGUCUCCGCACACAAAAAUGUAUUUAAUUGUGGCUGAGCUUUCGGGCAGUCGAUCAAAUGUAUUCAGAAAAUACCUAUGUAUGUGGAUAUAGGCCUAAUAUGCAUAUUUAUGUAACACAAUCAUAUGAAUGAUCUCUAUUAUGUGUGUUGAUAUGUAUUUAGUGAGUGUCCACAAAAGUCAGUCAGAAAAGUAGCCUAGGCCUAUACAGUGUAGAUGGAAAUAAAACUUUAGCCAGAAAGUACACACAUGUCUAAUGUUUGAAUAAAAUAUCUUUAUAUGGUCAAUUCUAAAGCUAGAAGUCAAUGUAGGCACAUUAUGAUUAUGGUUCCUACAUCUGUUUGAGAUUUUAUUUCAUGAACCAUCUUCCCUAACAUUGUUUUUUCCCCUUCUCUGCCUAUCAAUUUGCCUUAAUGUGACAUGAAGUUAACCAGGUUGUGGGGAUAAAUCAAUGUAAGGCAAGGCCAGACACAAGCUACUCAAUUGCAUUAGCUAGGGAACUGGAAAAGACAGCGGCCUCCAUAAUACAGGAAACAUAUCUGAUUUACAGGAAACAUAUCUUUUGGAUUUUCUAUGUCUGCCACAUAUCAGAUACACAAGGUUAGUUGUAAUCCAAGGAGCCACAUAUCAGAUACACACGUGGAGUAAUUGUCUGGACUAGUCGGAUGUAAGAGAAAUAUGUAGCUCUAAUCAAUGCAUGAAGAAUCAUCUUUACUUCUCAGUAGAAUCUAUGUUUCUCAUAAUGACCAUGAAGAAGUCUAGGAAGGACCCCUCUCUUCCCCUCAAGUGAGGUCUCAUGAGAGAGUGAAACUGUCCAAUAUAUGACAACCCCUCUCAUUCCACAUGUUCUGCACUACUACUAUAAUGAAUUGAUGGUGGAAUUUAUUAAAGUACUGUAAUUGUCCUGACACCAGACUUAUACAUCUUCCAAACAGGCUCUGUGACGGCAAGGGCCAAACUCAAGUUCUAUGUAUUGCUAGGUGCAAAGUAUUUUGCAGUUAAAGGGACACAUUCAUUUGCUUUUGCAUACUUGGAUCCAAAAAACAUUCCUUUAUCAGAGCCCAACCGAAAAACCAUUGAAAGCCCUUGACCGAAAUCUAAAGAGUUGUCGGCACAGAACAGGAGUAUGGGAUUUCAGCCAAUACAAGUGUACUGAAAGAGAAAUUCAACUUGGGGACUUAACUCAGAAGCGAGGCCGCUUUUUUAUCGAAUACAGAAUGCAACAUUGAUUCCGAUUCUGCUCAAUGUUAACACAGUUUCUCAGCAACAACUGACCUAAACUUGUUUUCCAUUCAUUGGGGUGUGCACUCCAGUAAACAAGCUGUUUUAGGAGCCCCUUCGUUGCUAUCGGUAUGGCCACUAUACAGUAGCAGGUGCGUAGGUGCAUUAAGUCAAUGUAGGGCUAUGGAUAGAAAAAUCUGAACUGUACCCAAUGAGCUAAGAAGGAGAACGAGUUUUCUUUUCAUGUAAGGUGCACUGGAAUGCAUUGCUAUUAUAUGUUGUAUUUUGUAUAAUUUAGAUAAACUAUAUUUAAUGAUGUUAUCUAUCCAUUCUGUGAAUUGUAAUAAAGACGGAAUUUCAAUUGA